CAGCCCCUCGAAGCACCUGAAUCAUCAGUGCUCACACCGACUUUCCCAGGUGUUUGCAUGGGUCUGCAGUGCAGGUCAGCUGGCAGCUGGAGUGUUUCAGUGGUGCAGAGGGGCGGGCAGGGCUCUGGAGCCGUCUGUGCAAGACAGUGGGUUCAGAUCCUGGAUGGUGCUCAUGCAGAGCAGAGCUUGGUGCUUCGCCCAGAUUGCUUCCAUAAAAGUGCCCAGCUGUUUAGAUGUCUCGGUGUUUUGAAUAAAAUCCGCAGCCUAUUAUUAUUAAAGAUAAAAGAGCAAAAGUACCCUUAGAAAAAAAUGAAAGAACAUUUUAAUUAUUUUUUUGCCACUUAAUACCUUAAUAAUACACAUAAGUAUUAAACAGCUUAAUAUUUUUUCUUAUGCGGUAGUGUGGCAUUGUAGGCAUAAAAGUGUUUUUUUCAACUGAAACCAAUACAGAACAGUUAUAAGGAGUAAGAACUUUUUAAAAAGUUCUUACUUUCAAAAAAACUAUUUACCAAUGAGAGGAGGCCGUUCGGCCCACCUGCCUGUUAGGUAGAUAGUAGCCUUAUUGGACCUUUAAGUCCACGGGUCUCCUGUCCUGGGUGUGAAACGCACUUCUGAGUCGUUUCCACUUGUGCCCCCUGGUUCGAGUUUCCAGGUUCGUCCUGAAGAAGAGCUCUGGGCUGAGUGUGUCAGUGCCUCUGAGGACUGAGGACGCUUGUAUCGGGCCCCCUCGCUGCCUUCUCCUUUCAAGACUGAAAAGAUAUAGUUCUUUCAGGCCGUCAGUGUAGAAAAUCCCCUUAAGCCGUAAGACUGAGGCCCAUAGCCCUGCGAACCCGGUUGCUGUUCUUGAGCCUGAUGCUUUGGAGGAAUCUGAGUGCGUUGGUAGUCUAUGAGCUGCCACACUGAGCCGCGAAGAAUUGUACGUCCGUGCUUCUGUGAUCGGUAUGAUAGCAACUAGGAAUGCAUCUGUCUUUGUAGAAGGUGGGAAACUGGUUUCGUUCUUUAUACAUCGUAGAAAACUUUUGUGCCUGUCGGUCACAAAGUUAGUCCGAUGCUCUGAUGGCAUGCAAUAGAUUUGCAUACAGUGUAUCUGUAGAUAGGCUUCAUACUGUAUAUAAGCACUUGCAUAAAAGUUUUUUCUUUCAGCAUUAUUUUAAAGUAUAGAAAGUAACAUUUGACUUUUUGGAGAAGGGGCAGUUAUUUGUUUAAACAUUGAUGUAUUGACUGUGUUAAGGAUCAGGGUUUAUGUUGUUUUAGUACCUACCAUCCUGUCAAGGUUUAUCGUCAGAUAUUUCAGAAAUUUAUCUCUCAUCAGAGCGGCUGUCUUUUACACCCAAAGACAUUUGCAAAACGUACGAACACUUUAACACUACAUGACAUAACUGACAUCUAUCCCUGCGUGGUCAUGUCACACCAUUCCAUCAGGGAUACACAGUGCUUCACCAGGGCCCUGGAAGUUACUCCGCCUGUUAGUAAAGGUGUCAGUAAAGUUACUCAGACUUCUAAGCUGGUACCAAGGUCUCUUAAAGCAGAAUCCAGUGGCAGUUGGGAACUCUUUACAUAUUACUCCCUGGUACCUGUUGAGUUGUUUUUUUAAUAUCUGCAGUUGUAAAAUACACAGAUUAGUUAUUUGGGAAUGUAUACAGUCAUUUCUGUUCUCAGGUAGUUUGUCUUAAGAUAUUUUUUUUCUUCCUUUCAUUUUAGUUUCAUUGAAGAUUGAUUGCAUUUCAAAAGCAGUCACUGGCUGUUCAGACCCUUGCCGACGCUGAAAGCCCGCUGUUCGUGAUCACGUUUCUGAACACGCUGCACGACGUGUUCCGCAAUAACCCUCCCUGGGGGUGGCCCUCCCGAGUCGGGUACUUCCUGAGCCUCCUGCAGUGUCCCGAGUGCAAGGAGGGGCCUUGGGCCUUUCUGGAGGCGUCUGCCAGGCGGCUCGUGUCCGGCGGUCCCUGCUGCCACCUCUGCCCUGAGCCCGUCAGCCCAGAGCAGGAGAAGUUCCAUGCCCAUCUCCUGGCCUUCCUUCUCGAUCUCUACAGGUUUGAUCUCCACUCCUUAAACACCAGAGAACCCGGAGGAGGUAUGUCUUCGGUUCUGGUCCACACCUUUUGGAACGUGUGGGAGAAGUCGACCCUGGCAACGAAGCCUCUGCAGCAGCUGGCAAAACUGCUAGUUGAAGCCACCCAGUGGCUUCUUGCAUCGAAAGAGGUUUCGAGGCCGGACGUGGUGUCCACACUGCACGAGAUCUUUGGAGUGGCUGUGGAGUUCUGGCGACAGGACAACAGCAGGCUGAACAGAGAUCUGGCGGAGAAAGGCAUGAAGGACUUUGCAGAUUAUCUUUCCAUUUUAUGGCAAGACUCAAGCCCUGAGGUUCUAGUGGAGCUGGUCACCAGCCUGCAGUCCCCCUGGCUGAAGAUGUUCGUCGCUGAUGCCAUUUACAGACACCUCUGCUCAAAGAGCUGCAUCGCUGUGGGGCCAGAGCCACUUUCUCUCCAUAAAAUUGUGUCCCCGUAUUUAACGGCGCUGGGGAGGCUGGCCUGUUCCGGGCCGGGCCCGGGAGGGGCCCCGGAGGGGGCGAAGAUGGAGCGGUGGCCUGGGAUUGAACCUCCUCGCACCCCGCGCAGCGCCGCGCCGCCCCACCGACCAGCAAUUAAGAAAGCUGCGCACCUUGGCCUCGGAGAAAGCACACCUCUUCCUGCCAAGGCAGAUAUUCCACGGGGCCUGCAUAAAGUUAAUAGAGCUGGAGAGACACUCCUGCAUAGAGUCUGCAAGCAAAACCAAGCAGAGAAACUGAUCACCAUCCUCUCUCUUCCCGGGACGGACAUCAACGUGAAAGACCACGCCGGCUGGACCCCGCUGCACGAAGCCUGUAACCACGGCAGCGCGGCCUGCGUGCGCGCCAUCCUGCGGCUGUGCCCCGGCGUGGACCUGCUCGGCCCGGCGGGCGGGCUCAGCCCCCUGCAGGACGCGCUGCUCGCCGGACACGCGGACGUCGCCGGGCUGCUGCUGCGACACGCCGGGUCGGUGCUGCUGCAGCAGCAGGACAGCGAGGGCCGGACGCCGCUGGACCGCGUGGACUGCCCGGCGCUCAGAGAGGAGCCCCCGCCGUGGCGACCUCCUGCUCGGGCCCGCGCACCGGUGUCCUGCCGUUACUGCUGGGCGCGCUGA